AUGUGGUUGCCGACAGUAUUACUGACACUACACGGUAGGGGCGAAUCGGCUACCGCUGGCAAUGCCCAACAUUUUGUCGAUCGACUAAACGGUUACCUAAAAAACCAAUCAAUUCAGUCAUUGAAAGUCAUAAACAUAGGUCUGAGCGACUCGAGUACCGAUGACUACGACUGGUCAACCUAUCGGUCGAUGAGCUAUCAAUCCGGACAACUGUGCCAACAGUUGCGUAGACCACAGAUUUGGCAACAAUUGAUGAAUACAACUCAGAGUAGGCGUAUAGUUUUGGUAGGUUUUUCGCAGGGAGGCCUACUAUGGCGCGGUAUGCUAUGGGGUCAGUGUUUGGAUCCAUUGCUACCCCGUUUGGAUCGACUGAUAACGUUUGGCGGUCCCCAUUCGGGUGUAUUCGGUAAACCUGAUUGCCGGCAAAUGGAUACCCGAUACCCGGCUCUGAUCAAACUAUGCGAUUGGCUGCAAAAGUUUGAUGACCUAACCGGCCGUGGACCGGGACUAUACGAUAUUGUUAUGUACACUGAAUUGGCUGAACUGGCAUUUUCGGCGGCCAGCUAUUGGAAUGAUCCGUCAAGUAGUCGCCAAUCUAGGACAUGGUUAGCCCAGAUUGACAAUCAAAACAAUGGUGACACCAAUGGUACUGAUAAAUACCUGUCCCGUAAACUCGGUCGCGGUUUAGCGCUGAUAGCGUUCGGCAAUGAGUCGACAGUUUUGCCGCCAAUUAGUUCCCAAUUCGGUUCGUGGGAUUCAAUGGCCAGAAAUUGGUUGCCGUUUAAUGAGACUAAACUCUAUACGGAUGAUUGGAUUGGUCUAAAACAAUUGGACCAAAAUGGCCUAGUUCAAUUUUAUACAAUUCCAAAUGAAACACAUAUGUCUAUACCGGAUGAU